GGGAGGGAGCGCUGUCUGGAGGAGCGGCGCCGGCAGUCUGAGCUCCGCGAUCCCAGCCCUGGCGAGGCGGGUGGGGCGGGGCGCGAGCCGCGGGAGCGAGCCUGGUCGCCCGCCGGGCCGCGGAGACUGUCGCCGGGCGCCGAGGUUCCCAGUAAGGCUGCACAGAGGACCCCCUUAACUGUGGCAAUGGAAGGGGGCCCAGCAGUCUGCUGCCAGGACCCUCGGGCAGAGUUGGUGGAGCGAGUGGCAGCCAUUGAUGUGGCCCACUUGGAGGAGGCAGGUGGUGGUCCAGAGCCUGCCAGGAAUGGCGUGGACCCUCCGCCAAGGACCAGAGCUGCCUCUGUGGUCCCCGGUGGUGCUUCAAGACCCCCACUAGCCCGGCCCAGCCUUUCAGCCAGGAAGUUCUCCCUGCAAGAGCGGCCAGCAGGAAGCUGCCUGGAGGCCCAGGCUGGGCCUUAUGCCACAGGGCCUGCCAGCCACAUCUCCCCACGGGUCUGGCGGAGGCCCACCAUUGAGUCCCACCAUGUGGCUAUCUCAGAUACAGAGGACUGUGUGCAGCUGAACCAAUACAAGCUACAGAGUGAGAUUGGCAAGGGUGCCUACGGCGUGGUGAGACUGGCCUACAAUGAAAGUGAAGACAGGCACUAUGCAAUGAAAGUUCUUUCCAAAAAGAAGUUACUGAAGCAGUAUGGCUUUCCACGUCGCCCUCCCCCAAGGGGGUCCCAAGCUACCCAAGGAGGACCAGCCAAGCAGCUGCUGCCGCUGGAGCGAGUAUACCAGGAGAUUGCCAUCUUGAAGAAGCUGGACCAUGUGAAUGUGGUCAAGCUGAUUGAGGUUUUGGAUGACCCAGCUGAGGACAAUCUCUAUUUAGUGUUUGACCUCCUGAGAAAGGGGCCGGUCAUGGAGGUGCCCAGCGACAAGCCCUUCCCCGAAGAGCAAGCUCGCCUCUACUUGCGGGACAUCAUCUUGGGCCUUGAGUACUUGCACUGCCAGAAGAUCAUCCACCGGGACAUCAAGCCGUCCAACCUGCUCCUGGGCGAUGAUGGGCAUGUGAAAAUUGCCGACUUUGGCGUCAGCAACCAGUUUGAGGGGAACGACGCUCAGCUGUCCAGCACUGCUGGGACUCCAGCGUUCAUGGCCCCCGAAGCCAUUUCUGAUUCCGGCCAGAGCUUCAGUGGGAAGGCCUUGGACGUGUGGGCCACUGGGGUCACAUUAUACUGCUUUGUCUAUGGCAAGUGCCCGUUCAUCGACGAUUACAUCCUGGCCCUGCAUAGGAAGAUCAAGAAUGAGGCCGUGGUGUUUCCCGAGGAGCCAAACAUCAGUGAGGAGCUCAAGGACCUAAUCCUGAAGAUGCUAGACAAGAAUCCUGAAACAAGGAUUGGGGUGCCAGACAUCAAGUUGCACCCCUGGGUGACCAAGAGUGGGGAGGAGCCCCUUCCCUCAGAGGAGGAACACUGCAGUGUGGUGGAGGUGACCGAGGAGGAAGUGAAGAACUCGGUCAAGCUCAUCCCCAGCUGGACCACGGUGAUCCUGGUUAAGUCCAUGCUGAGAAAGCGUUCCUUUGGGAACCCAUUUGAGCCCCAAGCUCGGAGGGAAGAGCGAUCUAUGUCUGCUCCAGGAAACUUACUGUCGAAAGACAGGUGUGGCGAAGGGGGCAAGAGCCUGGAGCUCCCCGGCGUUCAAGAAGAUGAGGCUGCAUCCUGAGCCCCUGCAUGCGCCCAGGGCCGCCGGCAGCACGCUCAUCCCACGCCUCCAAAGGCCCACUGCCCUCAUGCCGACAGUCGCCCCUGCGGGCAGGGGGCUGAGGACUGUGGCCCCUCUUCCGGCCCUCCUCCUUCUAUCAUGCUGCAUGACCUCAGCGCGCAAGUCCAGGGACAGGACUGGAAUGUUUGUCAUCUGGGGCUUGGGGGGCAGGGCUCCCAUAAGGCCUUUCUCCUUGUCUUGGCUCUCCCUGAUGGGAUCCAUCCUAUGGGAAAGAGAGGUGCCCAUGGUGCCUUAGAAACGCCACCUGGCUGCUUGGCAAGGCAGGAGGUAGGAAACCAAGGUAGCAGGUGGAGUCCUGGCUUACCACCAUAGCAGAGACUGCCCACGGGGAGCCAGGCGGGCCUGGCUCACUGCCUCAUGCGCAUGGAGAGCUGUACCUUGCCCACCUCAGAGGGGGUCCUGCCGGAGUUCUUGUCUCCUGAGAAUGCUGACAUGGAGGCUCUGAGCCCUCAGUGGGUAUUCCUAGGCCUCAGGGAGGCAGGGGCCAGCAUUGGAGAAUUCAGAUUCCCUUUUUGCUGUCUUUUACUUUUGUUUUUGAUGUCAGGAGUGGAGUGGUGUAAAGGCCUGCUUGGGAACACCUAGAAAGCUCUCCUACAGCUUUGGGUGGUUCCCGGCACACUCCUCAUUAUUUGGCAGCCAGGUGGGAUGGACUGACCUUCCUUGAUUUUGUCACACUCGGCGCCACCGGGAGAAUGGGUUAAAUGAAAGCUUCCGGCAGGGGCCUGAGCCAGGAGCACCCACCUUCCCUGCCCACUUUACUCCCUCCCCGUGUGGCUCCCCUGUAGGAGAGACACCAGGGGCUGGCCGACCAAAGGCCCUGGACUCACAGGGCUGUGGCCUUGCAGAUGCUGAUGUAACUGGAAUCCAAUCUCCGACCCUACACUGGCCUACCCAUCUGGCCCCAGAAGCUGCCCUCACGUUCCUACAAUGAAGGACAAACUGCCCAGGUUGGAGGCAGCACUGGAAGCGGGACCCUGGUGGGGUGUGCAUGCUGGCAAGUGGCCACAGAGAGGUGGGCCUCCUGCCACUGCCUCACCCCAAAGACGGUUGACAUUCAGCCUGCUCAGAGCUGGUGCGCUGGAGCAUGUGUGUGGACCUGGCCAUGCUGGGGCAGACUUUAUCUUCUCCCUGGGAUCUGUGCCUGGUUGGCUUGGCACUUACUGACCAAAUGCUCAAGAGAUUGACCCCAAAGGAAAAUAAAGCAGGACUCAGAUACCUCCCCUGAAAACAUGGGCUAAACACGGGAUUUCAGUUGCCUCCGUGGGGUUCCUACUGCAGGAAGGCGGGCACUGAGAAGGAAAGGGAGGCUGGGCUGGAGGAGUGUCUGUGUCCUGUUCAUCCUUGUGCCUGUGGGUAUGUGUCGCGCCUCCACGCACACACGCAUGUGCGUGCCCAUCUGCUGCACACAGCACACCUGCAUGUCUUGCACUGGCACGUGCAUCUGUAAUAUAGUUUCUAUGUGUCUUUAAGGCUAUGAGCAGAAUGUGGCCCAUUGUCAAUGGGCCCACAUUUCUCCCUGGCCCCUCUGCACUAAGGCAUUGUAAUCCAGGGCUUAAACAAUAAUUCGAUACUGUUUUUAAGAACACUUUUUCAGAGUUCAUGGGAGGCUAAUCACAGAUCCACAAGUUUCCUUGAGCAUCUCUACACUGGGGCCUGGAGGGUGGGAGUUUCAGGGGCCUACAUCGAUUGGACCUGCCCUCGCAGACCUCAAAGGUGGGCCUGGCUUCAUUGCCCACGUGAGCCUGGAUGGGGUGCUUACCGCAUCACUGAAGGUUUGGGUUGGCAUUACUGCUUUUGAAUGUAGCACAAAUGAUGAACAAACUCCAUAAGAGUGUUUAAAAAAUUAACUUCCCAGGAAGUGAGUUAAAAACAAUAAAAGCCCUUUCUUGAGUUAAACAACAACAACAACAACAAA